AUGGGAGACUCCUUUUCUUACUCCUCUUCUUCUCCCUCCCUGUAUCCGUCGUCGCGCAGUUCCAUUGCCAGCCUAUCACCCACUCGUCGUCGCUCAGCAUUCCAACCAAGAGACCAUCUGGAGUGUCUGAUCACCAAGCACGGCUACCCCACACCCGUCUCACUGUCCUCCCUGCGAGAUCUGACAGCCACAUCCUCUACUUAUACUCCCCCCUCGCCGCCGGGCCCCAUUCCGGACGUUGAUUCGCUUACAUUAUCAUCUCCUACCCAACCCAUCCCCAUCCCAAGGCCAUCGACUCACGAGGACUUACCCGUCACCCCACUGACCGGCCGUUUCAACCACACCUACUUCGACGAUUGGGAACGGGCAUCUCAAUCCGCCAGGUCCCAUUCUCCGGUCCGCCGGCAUCGCUCACGACAUUCAAGCAUGCGUUCGGACACCUCCCCCUACUGUUCUCCGGUUGCUUCCCCCAUCAUGUCGCCUCGCCGCUCCAAUUCUCCGCAGCCCUCACGGCGCUCCCAGCCGCAAUCCAAGUCCAAGCCCACGCAAGGCUUCCACCUGGGAAGCCUACCACGCUUUCACCCCGCCAUGUACCAAUCCAGUAGUUCGCAUGCGACCGGCGUCCAGCCGCCCUCACCCCGCCAAACCCGCCAACCCGCGUAUCGCACCUCCGGAUCCCGCGAUAUGAUGUGGCAGUAUCAUCGCGAACUGAUGGAGGGGACUCACUCCGGUCCCUCCGCCCCUCGACUCGACCCGCUGGUCAGCCCCGGCCCCGUCACUCCACUGGCCCUCGAAGCCGGCGACUACCUGGCGCAUGGCUCGGUCAGCAAUGCCUCAGACCGGACUCGGGAUGUUUCCAAGCAACAUCCCCCGGAAUUGGUUGAGAAACUCAUGGCUUAUGAGGAAAAGGCUCGGCAGAUGCGUAAAAAUGCCAAGCGGUGA